CUCGUCCCUUCAUACGUCACCUUUUAGGGGAAUCAAUCCUUCCCUUCUGACUAGAACAAAUUCACACACACACACACUUCAGGAACUUUUAUACACACAGAAAUCAUCUUAAAUCGAAGGAUACUUUGGUGUUUAUGUGUGUGAUUUUGUGAAAAAGGGAGAUGGUGAGGAUAAUACCAAUGGCGUCGACCAUUCGUCCGUCGCUCUCAUCCUUAGCCACUACUCGAUUUGGUGGUGGCAUCUCCAUGGUCAACUCUUCAAAGCGUUUCAAUUCGCUUCACUUUGGUUCCACUGUGGGAUCACAAUCACAACAUUUUGGUCUUAAAGGCUGUAAGUUCUUUAGACAAGAAGGAAACAACAAGCAAGCUACAACAAUUGUAAGCAUGACACAAGGAAGCACUGCAACCACACAAGAAAACGCCUUGGAGUGGGUUAAAACUGACCAGAGAAGAAUGCUUCAUGUUGUUUAUCGUGUUGGUGAUUUGGACAGAACAAUAAAAUUCUAUACAGAAUGCCUAGGGAUGAAAUUGUUACGAAAAAGAGACAUACCUGAAGAAAGAUACACCAAUGCAUUUCUUGGAUAUGGCCCAGAAGAUUCGCACUUUGUUAUUGAACUCACAUACAAUUAUGGAGUUGACAAAUACGAUAUCGGAUCUGCUUUUGGUCAUUUUGGCAUUGCAGUUGAUGAUGUUGCCAAGACUGUUGAUCUGAUAAAGGCAAAGGGUGGCACUGUAACUAGAGAACCUGGUCCAGUCAAAGGUGGAAAGUCAAUUAUUGCUUUUGUUGAAGAUCCUGAUGGUUAUAAAUUUGAACUUAUAGAAAGAGGGCCCACACCUGAGCCACUCUGUCAAGUCAUGCUUCGUGUUGGAGAUCUUGAUCGUUCAAUCACCUUUUAUGAGAAGGCUUUUGGUAUGGAGCUCUUGCGCCGAAGAGAUAACCCUGAAUACAAGUAUACUAUUGCAAUGAUGGGAUAUGGACCUGAAGAUAAAAGUGCUGUAUUGGAGUUGACUUAUAAUUAUGGGGUUACUGAAUACGAUAAAGGAAAUGCUUAUGCUCAGAUAGCGAUAGGCACAGAUGAUGUUUAUAAAACUGCAGAAGCAGUUAAACUUUUUGGCGGGAAAAUUACUAGAGAACCAGGACCAUUACCUGGCAUCAGCACUAAAAUUACAGCCUGUUUGGAUCCUGAUGGUUGGAAAACUGUUUUUGUGGAUAACAUUGAUUUUGUGAAGGAACUAGAAUGAGAAUUUGGUGGUUGUUUUGGUGAAGGAAAACAUGUAGGGAAAUGGAAAGCCCCAUUUUGUAGAUAAUGGAAAAGUGGUUGUAACUUGUGAGAAUGGCUAAAAAUAAUGUAUAGACCAUUUUUUGUUAUGGUGAAGUUAGUUGUGAAAGAACCAAAGAAAAGAGAAAAGAGUAAGAGUAAUUAGGCAUAUUUGGUAAAUUACUAUGUGUAUCAAUUAUCAAUUGUUUCAAAUUUGUUGUCAUUUGUGUUGGAAGAAUCUUAAGGUGUCUACGUGC